AGAAGAUGAUGCUUCUUCGUGCAUGAAUACGGAGGAAGACCAACACGAAAGAACUAAGGUUCACGUAUUAUGUUGAAGAUGGAGGUCCUGAAGCACAACUAAAAGUAGAAUGUCGAAUGAUCGUGUACGAUUUUGAAUAUCCUUCUAAAUUUUGCACAACUGUAUGAGUUCUGGCUUCUUGUCCAAAAGAAUCAACCAUCACUCUACCUAAAUGAACAUCAGGGAAACGAGGACUUCUAAAGUCGCACAUAGUUGCAUAUUCUCCAGUAGAAUUCUCCAAAAAGUACCUCACAAAAUGGGUCGUAUGUACGGUGCCGGAAAGGGUAUGAGCAGCAGCGCGCUGCCGUACCGCCGACGUGCCCCAAGCUGGUUGAAGAUGAAGCCGGCUGAGGUUUCCGAGCACAUCUGCAAACUCGCCAAGAAGGGUCUAUCCCCGUCUCAGAUUGGUGUCACCCUUCGUGAUUCCUUCGGCAUCCCGCAGGUGCGCAACGUCACCGGAUCCAAGAUCCUCCGUAUCUUGAAGUCCAAGCAGUUGGCGCCAACGGUAAUUCUACCUUGUUCAUGUCUAGUUGUGAUUUAGAUUUAGAUUUUGCUCGUGAAGAUUAGGUCACCAACUUUAUUGGAAACCACCGGAAGUAAACUACUCGAAUCGAAGCAGAUGCUGGGAAUUUCGAUACGGUCUUCUAGAAGCAUCCACCAGAAAAGACGACAGCAUCCACCAGAAAAGCGACCACAUUUAGAAUGGCACUCAUUAAUACUUUUAUCCUAUGUACCUUUCCAAACUGUAGCUAAAGUCGACAUUUAGGAACAAGGGAUAACUUUCUCGUCUAAAUUUCAUUCACAUUCUCCAACCUAGGUCCCGGAAGACCUGCAUCACUUGAUCAAGAAGGCUAUUGCCAUCCGUAAGCAUUUGGAGAAGAACACCAAGGACAAGGACUCCAAGUUCCGAUUGAUCCUGAACGAAUCCAAGAUCCACCGCUUGGCUCGUUAUUACCGUCGUGUCAAGGCCCUUCCGGCCAGCUGGAAGUACAAGGCUGAGACCGCCUCUGCUCUCCUCACCAUGUAAUUUGCUGAGAUCAGGAGCAAGGACGAGUGGGAGGGUCUUAGAAGAGCCUCAGGAGGAGACGAGGUUGGUUCUUCGGCUGUGGUAGGGCGCGAGGGCGAAGUUUUCAAGGGACGGCGAAGGAGGUGGGUCUGACGAAGGAACGGAGAUCAUCUGGAAAACGCUCAAGUAUGCGAAUAUCAUGGUCGUGUGCUCUUUGGAUGCGACAUGACGAAGAUGAAACUUCAUUUUCAUACUCGGACUCACUAGACCUCGUGUAAACUACUGAUGGAGAAAGGAGAAUCUAAACUAAUGUGUC